AUGAUCCGUGCGUGUUGGGGCAUGUCAGUGCGACGCCUCUCGACGCAGCGUCCUACCCCCCAACGCCGGUCGUGGCUGAGGGUGCUGCCCCUGUCGUUGGCGGCAGGCGCCUGCUACUUUGUCGGUGCCAAGUACCCGCCAGCGGCCAUUCCGUUCCUGUUCUCGCCCUACUCCUCCAGCGCAUCGCCUAUAUCAGAUGAGGAGGAACUUGCGCAUGUGCAUGAAAUUGAGACGGCGCUGCACAAGCUGCCGGCGGUGGUGGAGCAUAUCAGCCGCUCGUACGAGACACCGUCGGCGAAGCGCCUGCGCGAGGCGCACGGUGUCUCGUAUGGCGUGCCGUUCGCUGAUCCGAAGGUGGCCGACUACGUGAUCCAGCGUCCCUUUUCUCGCGGUGACCCUGCGCUGCUGGAGACGAUGCUGACUGCCGGCUCGCUGCGUGGUCCCCACAAAUUUGCUGUGAUGCCGUUUGUCUUCUCGAAGACGCCGGCCGGUGCGCAGCGCAGCGGCGGCAUGGAGGGCGAUGGCCUCGUCGUCGUGCACUUUGGCAAGAACAUGUGUGGCUACAAAGGCAUCGUGCAUGGCGGCCUGCUGGCGACGGUGUUUGACGAGGCCCUCGGCCGCACGGCCUUCUAUGGUCUGCCGAGCCGUCUCGGCGUGACUGGCAAGCUGGAGCUGAGCUACCGUAAGCCGGUGCGGGCCGAGCGCUUCUACCUGGUGGAGACAAGGAUCACGGAAAGCGUCGGGCGCAAGUGCUUCGUGUCGGGCAGCCUUUUGGAUCCUCAGACCCGCCAGGUGAUGGUAGAGGCGCACGCCGUCUUUAUUGAGCCGCGCUGGGCCAAGUACAUCUCGUGGAUGGGUACGAACAUCCAUAAGCUACUGGACGGGUAA